GCAUCACUGAUACAAACCUUUCGUCAAAAACCAACUAACAAUUUUUCAUGUUCAAAGUGUUUAUUCUUUUACGACUUCAUGAUUUCCGAAUUUUAAAUCUAAACUGAAUUCUGACUUCUGACUUGUUUACGAGUUUUAAAAGUGAAAUAUAUCAGUUAACAUAAUACAUAUUCAUAAAUAAUCAUUGAAAUGCAUGUCAAGCAACAAGAAAAUUUUUCAUUGUUAAUUUGAAGAUUCGAAUUCAACAUGCCUUGAACCUCCCAGUUCGUAUGAGAUGUGCCGAACUAACUGUUUUGUUAGAGAGAGGAAGUUUAUUGGAACUACACAAUUUUUUUCCUGUAUUAGUUGAUAGUAUAUUUGGACCACAAGGUACUGUGUCAUGGGGACUUCGAACGACCACAGAAUUUCAGGGGGAAGAUUUUCGACAGCUUCAGCAUUUCUUGUCACCUUGUGGCCCCCUCUUCAAACUAAUUUACACUCUGUUGAAAGAUCCUAGUGCACGCUAUGACUUCCCAAUUGUAUAUCUUCCAACAAAAAUAAGAUACUUUCUAGAACAGUCACAUGUACAUCCCUUCUAUUCUGAGUUGUCUCAUACCAACCCGCAAACAAAAGUUACGUCUAUAUUAUUGAAUCCUUUUGAUUACUACAUAUUCCAUUUUGCUUAUCAUUUGAUAAAUCCCUGGCAACAAAGAGGAGGUUCUACUGCUACUUCCUGGAAUACUGUUUAUUAUGUUUUAUGCUGUGACUAUAUAAUUCAAUUUCUGCCAACUGAUCCAGGUGCCACAGUUCAGCCAGUGAUUUAUUAUAACGGAAAAAAUCCUUUGCAAGCAGUAAAAUGCAACCUACUUGAACAGUAUACUAGAAGUCCAGUAGGGUUGAUCAAUUCUAACAUGCUGACAAAAGUAAAAGAUGAUAGUUUUCAAAACAACUUGGAUAUCCAUCAUCCAAGGAAUGAUAUAUGGCGUAGCGAGACUAUUCUUACAGUUUUUACUGACAUGUGGCUGCAUAAUGAUCAAGUUAAUGAAUCUUCAAAUAGUUUCAAUAGCUCAUUUAAUAAUCCAAGUCCAGUGAAAUCUUUUCAUCAUAACGAACUCCCUACAGGCGAGUACAUGAGAAUAGUUCGAGUGCUAAUAAAACAAUUACAUUCAUUUCACGCUAGUGCUAAAGCAGAUGAUACUCAUUUGGGGGAAUUGAAGAAAAUAUCAAUACCGAUGAUCCAAGGCAAAUUUUAUAUAUUUUUGAGAAAUCUUAUUCAUCGUUGGCCUUUGGAUGGUUCAUUCAGACUUGUGUUGGAACUUUGGUUGACUUAUGUACAGCCUUGGAGAUAUCCUGCAAAUAAUUUGAUCAAACAAAUUAACACAAGAUAUGCGAAUCCUGAUGUCGAGGAUAUUUCUGCUGUACCUCAGGCUGGAGUCGAACAAGAAUUCUUACCAUUCAUCGCCGAAAACUUACUUUCUUACGUGGUUAUUUUACAACAACUGUUACCAAGAUUCGGAAGGGUUGAUUUAGUCAGUCCAAAGAUGGCUCUCAUGUUAUAUAGGAUAGCUAAAGUUUUCGAUCAGCCUAAUCUACCCAACUUUUUGAGGGAGGUUGAACAGUGUGUUGAGAACAAUAAUUCACCAUCUCACAAAUAUGAUAACAACCACUGGGGAAAUAGUUUACCUCCCCUUUCUCCGACUUCUAAUUGGUCAUCUAAUACUCGCAUGAAAAAUAGAUCUAAAUCAGGUAGCCUUCAAAAUACUACCUUUUCACCAAAUUCAAAUAGUACAUCAUUUCUGAGUACAAGCCUGCAUUCUGAUAAAAAGUGGUCAGCCACAGUUCGCCAGAGGAUUUUCGAGUUGGAAGGACCAAAUUUCUAUUAUAAACCACUGUUUUCUGAUCCUCCUGCACCUGAGAUCUUCGAUUUGAUUAUGCAUAUUAAGAAGUCUAUACGACGCGCUGAAGAACUAGUUCGCCUGAAAGAACAAGAAGAACAAGAAAUGUAUUCAGGGUUUUGGGGCAACUUGAAAUAUUUCUUUCAGAGCCCUGCAUCAAAUGAUGAAUUCAGUUUGAAAGAUCGUCAAAAAGUGCCAAUGUAUUUACAAGUGUCCUUACAUAAUCUAAUGGAUAUGUUCAAUAUUAUGACGGAGGUUUCAGAAGAACCAACAUCACCAUCAGCUUGCACAACUAACACCUUCGACAUGUCAGAUAAUUACAAAUUUUUGACUCCCAAAAUGGUGAGAACAAGAAUAAAGAAUUUAAAAUAUGAUGGAAAUCCAGAUCUUCAUCCGAUUAGGAGUACAGAAAAUGCAUUUUUAGUUAGGACUUUGUACCAAAUAGCUUCAAAAGUUAAUGAAAUUUAUGGUCCACAGUUUUAUCAACUUUACCACAGUCCCACUUUCCUGGGACGACUAUCUAAGGAAAUUCUCUGUUCACCUAUAACAGUAUACCACUAUGAUAAGUCUAUCUCUGGAUCUCCAAGAGUCAGCAGCAAUCUGCCACCAAGAGUUAGUUUCAGAUUCAUGGCGAGUUAUACAUUUUUAGGUUAUUUCUUUUUUGGAGCGUUCAUUUCAUAUUUAUUUGGAUAUAGAAUAGAAAUAUACGUCGCCUUUAUAUUAUUUCUUUUUUUGUUUUACAAAUCCUUGAAGGCUAUAAGAAUAAGGGACUCUUCAGUGCGACAUAAUUACCCCACACAGGGUUUUGGUAAUAUAACUUUCAAUGACUCAUUCUGAAUGAAACUAUUUCAUGUUUUUUUUUUCAAUACUUUAUUGCAUCGAUUAUGUUGUAAACUCCAGUUUUUUAAUCAGAAUAAAUAUUUUUGUCAA